UUCCGCGGCUUGGUAUAGCGCGGUCCUACUAUAUAUCCACUAGUUUAAGUCGCGCCAAUUCAACAAUCGCGCUAGUUUGUUUACAGUGACGUGUGUGUAACUAAUUUCUAAACGUACCUACUCUUAUAGUGACCGUCCCAUCACGAAUGGAUGAAACACGGUGUCAAACAUUAAACUAUUAAGUGCUGUGUAACACGAUAAAUAUGGAUUCAAACAUACACUAAGUGCAGUUAAACUGUGUCCGAAGAUGGAUGGUGGUAUUCUGAGCUCCCCGCGAAACAGAUUCCAAACACAACUGAAGAAUGCUGCGAGUGCUUUAUGCUCUAGGAAGCAAAGGAGAAGCGAAGACAUAUCGGCCGCGGUGUUUAGUUCCGCUCGCCCUCACACAUAUCCUCGGGCGACAUCGACCAAACGGUCCGCCUUAUCGUGCAGAAUAGAGCCUCUUGUUUGCGAACAGCAGGCCAUCGCGUUAGAGACUAGUGAACCGUUCAUAGCUGACGUCAUUCAUGUCUAUGCUACAAAAUCUAAUGGAGUCUUUAAAGGAACUUUGGCCAGAGAGGUAGCGAAUGCUUGGGAGAGAAAGGUGGGCAAGCCAGACCAGCCGGCGCCCGCCAAUCGCGUCAAAAGCCUUUUCUACGACAUCCAGCUAUAUCCGACCGAUCCCCAAGUGUUCGAAAUGCUGGUCUGCGCCAGACAGUGUGCGCGACGCAAGUCGCUCACACUUACAUUCGGCGAGUUCUGCGUGUUCGCGGCCGAGCUGCGAAGGCAUUCGAGGCAGGUCAGACAGAGUCCAAACAAACCGGAGUCACCGCAGUGGAACGUAGAGAAAGAGUUUAGGGAGAGGGAGACUAUAUGCAAACCCAAUAUCGGCAGCGAGGCAUCGUCACUGGACUGCGAAGUGUUCCUCGGAGGGUCUUGCAACCCCACCACCUGGCGGAAAGAGAUCGCUAUACCUAAACUGAAAAAGAUGGGCAUCACGUACUUCAACCCUCAAGUGGAGAACUGGUCGACGGAGCUGAUGGAGCGCGAGCACCGUGCUAAGUCGGAUGCGCGCGCGCUAUUGUUCGUGCUGGACAGCGAGACGCGCGCCAUCGCGGCCAGCGUCGAGGCGGCGCUCAUCGCCGCCACGCCCAAGCUGCUGCUGCUCGUCAUGCGCCCCUACUCGCGUCACCAGAAGAUCGCCCAGGAGGCUAUCACUGAUGAAGAGUACAUUGAGUUAUCGCGAGCGCGUGCGACGUUAAAAGAAGCCGUAGAGAGGAGAGGUUUACCCACGUUCCAUGACAUUUCGUCGGCGCUCGACAGCGCCGGCGACGUGCUCCGAGGGCGGAACCUAACACACCCGCGCCACAACAUCGGCAACUACAUCCACCGCCUGCGGCGGCUGUACGACGCGGCGGGCGGCCGGAGCUCCAAGCUGCCGCGCCAGCGCGCCGUGGACGCGCUGCAGGAGGCCACGCGGGUGCCGCGGGACAUCGCCGAGAGGAGCCUGCCCGCUGCCGUCGACCCUGUAGACUUUGACACGUUCUGCGCGGCCGUUGCUGAAAUCGCAGCUGACUCAGGGCCCAGUCAGUCGCCGCGGGCAGAGGGGGUGGCCGCUCGCCUGCGGCGCGCCUUCCGUUCCUUCUGCGUCAGGUUCUCUCCGCUCGCUGCCGAGAGUCAAAGCCGGAAUGGCCGAGAGGAAGCGGGAGCGACGGCCGGCGCGGAGGCGGAGCGCGGCGUGGCGAGCUCGCCGCCCGCCGGCCUGCGCGUGCACAACGCACGGCUGCGCUCUUGCGGGCGCAAACUUCCUCUCCUUAUACCCAAGAACGGCGGGAACAGAAGUGAACCCGAGAGCGGUGGUGACUCGGUGCUGACGCCCGGCACGGAGCGUCGGCUUGAGGCGCUCCCGGCCAUGCUGGGGGCGGCCACCUACGACGUCUACCUCGGCGGAACCUUCCCGUCCGGCGGCACCCGUCCCGACGAGACGCUGCGCCGCGAGGGCUACACGUACAUAAUGCCGCGGCCCAACGACUACGCACGCAUGUAUUCGGCGCCCGCGCGACGCUCGGCUCCCGCACACCCCGAGUCGCCGCGGCGCGACAAGAAGCCGCGGCCCAUGUCGCCCGAGUCAUCCGAGGACGUGACGCUGCGCUCGCGCGACACGGACUCCGCAACCGCGCCCGCCGGCGACCGCCUCAGUGCCAGCGAUUUCUACAACGUCACCGAUGACGUCACGCCGCAGCCCUUCAAAGGAACGUUCGACGAGGACCAGUUGCUGGGGUCGCGCGUGCUCGUGUUCUCGAUCAGCGCGGAGGCGCCGUGUUUCGCGACCAUGGUGCUGGCGGCGCACUACAUGGGCUUGCAGACCUCCAAGACGGUGCUCAUCGUGCAGCCCAUGGACCCUGCUGCCUCGCAUCCGUACAGCAAAGUAGCCGUGCAGGAUUACAACCGAGGGCGGACGUACUUGUCGGACCUGGCGAAGCGUGAGGGCAUCCCCGUGUUCGACGACGUGGAGGCGGCCAUGGAGUGCGUGCUCUCGCGCCUGCGGCCCAACGCGUAGCGCGCGUCAGGGGCGACGACGCGGAGGAUGCUUGCGCGUGCGUGCGUGCGCGCGCGCGACUACAGGUCGCACUGGCUCUCCUUCAUGUUUAGGAUCAGCUGAAGCGGAAUCAUGUCUGACAAUCCUGGACUCGUGGAAUGAGUGCAAACUAUACGGGUGAAUCGUUAAGCGUCGAUACUUACUUCAACAGGAGAUUGUAUACGUGAAUAUAUGAAAAUACGUAGACCGUGCUUGUCUAUACAAUAUUAUGCAGAGACUUGAGUAUACAUCACAUUUUAGUUUUUAUAAUAACAACUUAGGUUUUAAUUUUAGGGAAAAAUAGGCUGACUAAACGGAUUUAACGUGAUUACAAUCGCCUGUUGCAAUGAUACUGUAUUUGGACUCGGAAACGACUUCUUUGAUGAAGGUGACACUCUGUUUAACAAAUCAGGCUGUGUAUAUGACUAAGCCGCAUGCACUCAGUCAGACACAUCGAUUGAUAAAACGCAGGGGUCGUCGGCAAGCUUACAAUCGUUAAAUGUCAACUCCAGUCCGAAAGUAGAUUAUUUUAUGGUUAUUGGUUUAUUGCCUGAUUUAAAAUUUGGAAAUGAUCACGCGACUUUUUGGACACAUCUGCGUCAUGCCGAUACAUUUUUUACUUUCCGAUUCGCGUUAACAAUUUACGUUUUCAUCACACUUGCUCGAAAAAGAUCUUAUUUCAUGUAGGUGUACUGGCUAAGGCCUAUAUUGUUUCCGCAGGAGUUAUGAAUUCUGAAAAAAAAAGCUAUAACUCACGAGGGAGUUAUAGCUUUUUUUAAAUUAUGUCACUAAUUCAAUACGAACCAAGUAGGUAUGAAUGAGUUGAUAUGGCUAAGUCAUCUACCACUCUCACAACCUUUAGGCCAAUAUAGAGCUGAGUCUAAUGAAUGCAACAUCACAAUGUCGUGAAUCAAGAAUACAGUUAUCCGGCCGCUUCAUGUCUGCCUACACUUAAUAAAUGUUACAGGUAAUCUAAUAUAAUGAAUAUCUAUUAUUUUAACUAUAUGACUAUUUUACAAUUUUAAACAAUUGGAAUCUCAUGUAUUGUGUUGUCCUUAUUUAUGUGCAAGUGUCAAUUUGUGUUAUUCGUUAUAUAGGUAUGUAUAGUCCGAUUCUCACGCUACAUGAAGCAGCUAGUAUCACAAAUUAUGUAAUCCCACUCAUCACAAAUAGUAUCCAUCACGGAACGUUGUUGGCGACGAAGUCUCACACUGCGUGUACUUAUUAAUUACAAGUUUAGUUUAGUACAAAGAUUGUCUCUCUUUAAUUUAGGCACUCUCUAUUGUAUUAUACCUAUUACAUUAUUUUGUAAUGCAUAGGAAUAGGCACUAAAUUUUUAAUGCAAUUGUACUAAGAACAUGUGAGCGAGUAUGAAAGGCGACGGUUUUAAGAGGUAGUGAGGAUACAAGGAUACAACAAAUCUCUGUGAUUAAUUUGUUAGAAAAAUAUAAUAUUAUUUUGAAUUUUCAA